AAGAGGUCGGAGAAAGAGAGGAAAGAGCCAAAAAAGAGAAAAAAGGCCGAGAAGGAAAUACAAUGGCUGUGUGUCCGUACAUUCUCCCGAGGUGGGAGAUAUAUAAGGGAUGAACCCAUGCCCACCCUUUGCCCUUUACUGCUUCACUCUCCUUCGAUUUGUUUCGCAUUUCCCCCAAUGCUGUUCUCCCCAAAACCCUAAAAGUUACAAUCUACUUGUGCUGAAGUCUUUCUCAUUUUCCUUCCAAUUUUUUAGCUAGUAACCCAACUUAUCUGUUACCGGAGGAUUUCGGACCAACUACUAUGGGGGCUCAAUCGUUGAACCGUACUAGUCCGAAUCAGAGUCCGAUCGCUAACAGUGAGCUGGGUGCUGGAAUGGGUCGUCGUCAUUCCGUGGUUUCGACCCCUAGGCGUAAUAUUAUACCGAAUGGUCAUAAAUGUGACAAGACUGAAGAACCAAAUGGUUCAAAAAAUUCGUCAAUUCAGAGAAGAACCAGUCCUCGAAUCCAAGCCAAGCAUAAAGUGGACAUGGAACCUCCCGUGUGCCGCAGAGAUGAGCUGCCCCAUAAAACUAGUGAUGCGAAGAUGAGCGCCUGUAAAACAAGUGUUAAGUGCGAAAAUGCUGAUAAGCAACAAACAGUGGGAGGACCAAAGAGAACUAAAAAUUUGGAUAAUUCAACAACUGUGGAACCACUAGAGUUUAAGAAGUCUUUAAUACAGAGAAGAACUAGCCCCCGAAUCCGAGCCAAACAAAAGGUGGAUAAGGCACUUGCAGUGCAGUUGUCCGGUGACCGAGACAAUGCUAGUGAUGUGAAGAAGAAUACAGCCUGCAAAAGAAGUCGCAAUGACGAAAAUGUGUGUGAGGAAAAUGUUGUGGAGGACCAACAGAAAGCUAAAAAGUUGAACGAGUCAAUUACUGAAGAGCCAAAUGAUGACAAUGAAUCGUCAGGUCAAAGGAUGGCUAACUCUCGAGUUCAAAAUAAGGAAUUUCUAGUGCGACGUAGAGUAGAAUUGUUAGAGGACCGAGAUAAGGCUGGUAAUGAUAAGAAAAGUAAAUGUUUCAAAAGAAGUUGCAAUGAUGAAAAUGGGGAUGAACAUGGGGAUAAGGAAGGGGGAGUAGGUAAGCCACCUAGAGUAAAGAAGCUUAAAGAGGCCACCGUGGUUCAUAACAAACAGACAUCUGCGGGUUCAAAAGCAAAUGGGGCAGGGAAUUUGGCAGAUAAAAGUGACUUUGUCAGGGUGAAGGAAACGCUGAGGUUGUUUAACAAGCAUUAUCUUCAUUUUGUUCAGGAGGAGGAGAAUAGGUGCAACAAAGUGGCCUCUUCCCUCAAAGUGUCUAAAAGAGGUUCAAAAUCUAAGAAAAAUGCAACAAUUGAAGUUGAAAAGACAAUGGCUAAGCGACCUGAUUUGAAAGCAUUAUCCAAGAUGAUGGAAAACAAGGAGACAUUGUAUCCUGAGAAAAGAAUUGGUGAUAUUCCAGGUAUUAAGGUUGGACAUCAAUUCUAUUCGCGUGCUGAAAUGGUUGCUGUUGGGUUUCAUAGCCAUUGGCUAAAUGGCAUAGAUUAUAUGGGUCAAGCUUAUUCCAAAGUGUACAGUCACUAUGAAUUUCCACUUGCUGUGGCCAUUGUUUUGUCGGGGAUGUAUGAGGAUGAUCUUGAUAAUGCUGAGGAUGUUGUAUAUACUGGUCAAGGUGGGCAUAAUUUGACUGGUGAUAAGCGUCAAAUUCGGGAUCAGGUGUUAGAGCGUGGUAAUCUGGCUCUGAAGAACUGCAUGGAGCAAUGUGUGUCUGUAAGGGUGGUUCGCGGACAUGAAUCUUCAAACAGUUACAGCGGCAAAGUUUACACAUAUGAUGGCUUGUAUAAGGUUGUUAACUAUUGGGCAGAAAAAGGAAUAUCUGGGUUUACGGUCUUUAAGUUUCGGCUCAGGAGGCUUGAUGGGCAGCCAACCUUGACAACUAAGCAGGUGUAUUUCAUUAAUGGACGUGCCCCUCAGUCCAUUGCUGAAAUACGAGGGCUUGUGUGUGAGGACAUCACCAAAGGUGAAGAAGAUGUGCCUAUUCCUGCCACUAACCUGAUUGACGACCCCCCAGUUGCACCCAAAGGUUUUAAAUAUAAAAAAUCAAUUUCGCUUUCAAAGAAUGUAAAGCUCCCCCCUGCUGUCACUGGAUGCAAGUGCAAAGGCUUAUGUGUGGAUCCCACAUCCUGUGAAUGUGCUUUACGAAAUGGCUCUGAUUUUCCCUAUGUAUCUCGUAAUGGAGGGAGGUUAAUUGAAGCCAAAGAUGUUGUCUUUGAAUGUGGACCAAAUUGUGGAUGUGGUCCUGGUUGUGUUAAUAGAACUUCUCAGAGAGGGCCACGAUAUCGUCUUGAGGUUUUUCGAACUGCAAAGAAAGGAUGGGCUGUUAGAUCUUGGGAUUUCAUACCUUCGGGAGCACCAGUUUGUGAAUACACAGGAUUAAUCAGGAGGACAGAAGAUGUAGAGAAUACACUCGAGAACAAUUAUAUUUUUGAGAUAGAUUGUUUGCAAACGAUGAAGGGCAUUGGUGGAAGAGAGAGGCGAUCACAAAAUGAAACAUCUGCAGCAGUUAAACUUUUGGACAACUAUGCAAAUGAUGCCUCUGAAUCCGCACCAGAAUUUUGUAUUGAUGCUGGAUCAAUUGGAAAUAUUGCUCGAUUUAUAAACCAUAGUUGUGAACCAAAUUUAUUUGUUCAAUGUGUUUUGAGUUCACACCAUGAUUUAAGGCUUGCACGAGUGAUGUUAUUUGCUGCAGACAACAUACCACCUUUGCAGGAGCUUACAUAUGACUAUGGUUAUGCCCUGGAUAGUGUCUUGAGCCCUGACGGGAAAGUAAAGAAAAUGACGUGUUAUUGUGGAGCUGCUGACUGCAGGAAGCGACUGUUCUAAUAUAUGCUUCUUGGUGCAUGCAUUUUCUUUUUGCCAUUGCACAUAUCUGCAUCAUGUAUUUUUUAUUUGUAUGAAAGGGGGAAAAUUAUGCAAUAUUUCAUGUAAAUCAAGAAAAAUAUGAUAUAUCAUUCUUUUGAUUGAAAUCUGUUAACGAAUGAGAUGUAUUUUUUUGGAAAGAUGAAAAUAUCAAACCCCGUUUUUUCUUACUCUUGCACCCUUUUUUGCCCUUAUCUAAUGGAUGUAACUUACAGAUAUUUGACGCACAAUCACUUUUCCAUUUAUUUGGUAUUUUGCCUGUGAUUGAUCUAAUGUAUUUGCGCACUUAUUGUGACUUUGAAAGACGUUCCUAUUACAGUAGAGUUGAUGUGUCUCAGCACCUAUGCAGGGAUGAUAUUGAGCAUGCUCGUUU